AUGACCGAUAGAGUUAGGCGACGGCGCAGUCGCGAGUUACGUAUCCCACGUCAAGACGGAGGUUUAUCGCCAGCAUCGCGAUUGCGAAUCGCAGCCGAUGUCCAUCGCCAUUCCACCAGUGACGACGAUUCGGGCUGUGUACUUGAAGAGUAUGCAUGGGUGCCGAGCGGAAUUAAACCAAAUAUGGUCCAUAUGUAUUUUGCAUCACUUCCCGAAGAAAAAAUCCCUUAUGUGAAUAGCGCUGGUGAGAAAUGGCGACUUCGACAGUUACGAUACCAGCUCCCUCCGCAGGACUCUGAUCCACGCUAUUGUUCUCGUUUGACGCCAGAAGAGGAAGAUGAGCUGAGACUCUUCGAACGACGUCGGAAAGCAGAAUGUCUCGGCAGGGGGUCAGUGGACCGUGUGCCCUACGACGGUCGAAGUCGAAAAUGUGGAACAUGUUUCGCUUCCUUCGAAGAAGGAGAGCUGUGCGUCAUCGCGUCACGGAUAGACGCCAUCUUUCAUCCGGCUUGUUUCCAAUGCACGGAAUGUGCUACCCUAUUGGUUGAUUUGAUCUACUUUUCGCACAGUGCGCAAGUUUUCUGCGGUCGUCAUCAUGCCGAACAGAUCAAACCAAGAUGUGCAAAGUGUGACGAGUUGAUAUUUGGCGAAGAAUGCACUGAAGCUGAAGGCAGAACGUGGCAUUUGCACCAUUUCCAGUGCACUGACUGCUCCAAGGAACUUGGAGGACAAAAAUAUAUGCAAAGGAACAACAAGCCAGUGUGCCUCGGAUGUUUUCAUUCCGAAGGGUCAUCGUCAUUGUUGUGUGCUACCUGUAAUGGAACCAUCCCCAUUAAUCAUCCUCACAUUUCUCAGGGCGAUAUGGACUGGCAUGCCAAUCGACGAUGCUUCUGCUGUUCGGUUUGUGGCAAAAACUUGCUAGGAAAGAAGUACAGCCUUGUCGACAAGAGCCUCUAUUGCGGUUACAAAACAUGUGGAGGCGAAGAAGAGCUAUUCGAUGAGGACUGUAUCGCUGCCUGUUCUUCACCGGCAAGAAGAAGGGCCCCGUCCAUUUCUAGAAGAGAAGCCAACCAGCAGCGACGAUUUCGAAGUUCGGACAGGAUGAUGGCAGGCGUAUCAAUCAGACCACCUCCUUCUCCCAUGGCUCCUCGACCACCCCAAAGAGCUCCGCCACCACCUCCCCCACCAGAGAAUGUGUAUGAGACAGUGCUGCCAUCCACUGCACAGAUAAUUGAGGGUUACCGAGAAAAAGAGUUGGAUGCCAGGAAUCACUACAGUCGUACUCCGAACAGAACCCGACGGCACGACGAAAUUGGAUACAGCACUUCCUCCUCUGACUCCGAAGAUGAAGCAUUCUACAUCAACAAACUUCUUGUAGCAGCUUCUCUCAAUAGGAAGUCACAAAAAGGACUACCACCACUCUCCACAGUGAAGAUAGCGAAGACAAAGAAGAGCAACAGAUGCAUAGUUUCAUGA